CUGCGGCGACGGGAGCGGAGAGGGGCCACCGUGGAGAGCCCAGUCCCGGCCCGGCCACAGCGGACCCCUGCUGCCAAGAGGCCCCUGCUGCUUCCCCUGCCUGCCCCUGACUCCUCAGGGCUCCUUCUGAGGGAUCCUCCCAUCGCAGACGAGGAUGGCGAGGCCUGUCUGCCCCUGCCUCUGCAGCUCUUUGGCCUUGCUUGCCUUCCUGCCCUCCCUGAGCCUGGCGCAGUACGAGAGUUGGCCCUACCAGCUCCAGUACCCCGAGUAUUUCCAGCAGCCAGCUCCAGAGUACCACCAGCCCCAGGUGCCUUCUGAUGUGGCCAAGAUCCAGGUGCGCCUGGCAGGGCAGAAACGGAAGCACAGCGAGGGCCGCGUGGAGGUCUACUACAACGGCCAGUGGGGCACGGUGUGCGACGACGACUUCUCCAUCCACGCGGCGCACGUCGUCUGCCGAGAGCUGGGAUAUGUGGAGGCCAAGUCCUGGACCGCCAGCUCCUCCUACGGCAAGGGCGAAGGGCUCAUCUGGUUGGACAAUGUCCACUGCACUGGCAAAGAGGCGACCCUGGCAGCCUGCUCCUCCAAUGGCUGGGGUGUCACCGACUGCAAGCACACAGAAGACGUUGGCGUGGUGUGCAGUGAUAAAAGGAUUCCUGGGUUCAAAUUUGACAAUUUGUUGUUCAACCAGAUAGAGAACCUGAACAUCCAGGUGGAGAACAUCCGGAUCCGCUCCAUCUUCUCAGCCUUCCGCCAUCGCAUGCCCGUGACAGAGGGCUACGUGGAGGUGAAGGAGGGCAAGACCUGGAGACCGAUCUGUGACAAGCACUGGACGGCCAAGAAUUCCCACGUGGUGUGUGGCAUGUUGGGCUUCCCCAGAGAGAAGAUCUACAACACCAAGGCAUACAAAAUGUCUGCCCCUCGGAGGAAGCAGCACUACUGGCGGUUCUCCAUGAACUGCACCGGCACGGAGACCCACAUCUCCAGUUGCAAGCUGGGCCCCCAUGUGUCUUGGGACCCUGUGAAGAACAUCACCUGUGAGAAUGGACAGCCAGCUGUGGUCAGUUGUGUGCCUGGCCAGAUCUUCAGCCCUGAUGGGCCUUCGAGGUUCCGGAAGGCCUACAAACCAGAGCAACCCCUGGUGCGGCUGCGAGGUGGUGCCCAGGUCGGGGAGGGCCGAGUGGAGGUGCUCAAGAACGGAGAAUGGGGGACCGUCUGUGACGACAAGUGGGACCUGGUGUCGGCCAGCGUGGUCUGCAGAGAGCUGGGCUUCGGGACUGCCAAAGAGGCCGUCACAGGCUCCCGGCUGGGUCAAGGGAUGGGACCCAUCCACCUCAAUGAGGUCCAGUGCACGGGGACGGAGAAGUCCAUCAUAGAGUGCAAACUCAACACGGAGACCCAGGGCUGCAGCCACGAGGAGGACGCUGGCGUGAGAUGUAACAUCCCUGUCAUGGGCUUUCAGAAAAAGCUGCGCCUCAGUGGGGGCCGCAAUCCCUAUGAGGGCCGAGUGGAGGUGCUGACAGAGAGAAACGGGUCCCUCGUGUGGGGGACAGUGUGUGGCGAGAACUGGGGCAUCGUGGAGGCCAUGGUGGUCUGCCGGCAGCUGGGCCUGGGGUUCGCCAGCAAUGCCUUCCAGGAGACCUGGUAUUGGCACGGGAAUGUCUACACCAACAAAGUGGUCAUGAGCGGAGUGAAGUGUUCGGGAACGGAGCUGUCCCUGGCUCACUGCCGCCAGGAUGAGGACGUGGUCUGCCCCCAGGGUGGGGUACAGUAUGGGGCCGGAGUCGCCUGCUCAGAAACCGCCCCUGACCUGGUCCUCAAUGCCGAGAUGGUCCAGCAGACCGCCUACCUGGAGGACCGGCCCAUGUUCAUGCUGCAGUGCGCCAUGGAGGAGAACUGCCUCUCGGCCUCGGCCGCCCAGACCAACCCCACCACGGGCUACCGGCGCCUGCUGCGCUUCUCCUCCCAGAUCCACAACAACGGCCAGUCCGACUUCCGCCCCAAGAAUGGCCGCCACGCGUGGAUCUGGCACGACUGCCACAGGCACUACCACAGCAUGGAAGUGUUCACCCACUAUGACCUGCUAAACCUCAAUGGCACCAAGGUGGCAGAGGGCCACAAGGCCAGCUUCUGCUUGGAGGACACAGAAUGUGAAGGAGACAUUCAGAAGAAUUACGAAUGCGCCAACUUUGGUGAGCAAGGCAUCACCAUGGGCUGCUGGGACAUGUACCGCCAUGACAUUGACUGCCAGUGGAUCGACAUCACCGACGUGCCCCCUGGAGACUACCUGUUUCAGGUUGUCAUUAACCCCAACUAUGAGGUCCCAGAAUCUGACUUCUCCAACAACAUCAUGAAGUGCAGGAGCCGCUACGAUGGCCACCGCAUCUGGAUGUACAACUGCCACAUAGGUGGUUCCUUCAGUGAUGAGACAGAACAAAAGUUUGAACAGUUCAGUGGACUCUUAAAUAACCAGCUCUCGACGCAGUAGAGAAGGCUCCUGG